GUUGACAGAAUGGCGCCUAGGAAUGUGGUGGGAGAACCUACAAAUGAUGAAAUGGGGCCCGUGGAUAUGGAGGAGGUACCCACAACAGAGCUCGCAGUUCGACCUCACCAGAAACUCGUGUGGAGAAAUGUUAUCUUGAUGUCGGCUUUACAUAUAGGAUCCCUGUAUGCUCUCACAUUAAUUCCGACGUCACACCCCUUAACUUGGGUCUGGGCCAUCUUUUAUUACGUGGUCUCUGGUCUUGGAAUCACAGCUGGGGCACACCGCCUUUGGGCCCACAAGUCGUACAAAGCCCGGGCUCCGCUUCGGUGUCUGUUAGCGCUCAUGAACGCUGCCGCGCUGCAGAAUGACAUACUUGACUGGUCACGUGACCAUCGAGUCCAUCACAAAUACUCAGAAACAGAUGCUGAUCCACACAACGCCAAGAGAGGUUUCUUUUUCGCCCACAUCGGCUGGCUGCUGGUCAGAAAACACCCGAAUGUAAUGGAGAAAGGGAGCCGUCUCGACUUUUCUGAUCUUUAUGCUGACAAAAUUGUCAUGUUUCAAAGAAGGUUCUACCGACCGCUGGUCCUAGUGAUGUGUUUUGUAGUUCCAUCCGUCGUUCCCUGGUAUUUCUGGGGGGAAUCUCUUUGGAAUUCCUAUUUCAUAGGUGCCAUUUUGCGUUACUGUGUUCUGUUAAAUGCCACAUGGUCUGUGAACAGUUUUGCCCAUUUAUGGGGCACAAGACCUUACGAUAAGCGGAUUAACCCGGCUGAGAAUUUGGGCGUGACCCUGAGUGCAGUGGGUGAGGGCUUCCAUAACUACCAUCACACUUUCCCCAGUGACUAUUCCACCAGCGAGUACGGUUGGCAUCUAAAUAUAACCACAGUGUUCAUUAAUUGUAUGUAUUACUUAGGACAGGCCUACGACAUGAAGAAGACUCCAGCCAAAGUGGUCCAGUUGAGAAAACUUCGCACAGGGGACAGAAGUUCUUAGACAAACAGUUUAAGAUUUAUCUUGGGGGGGGGGGGGUUAUUUUUUUUCUCGUUAAAAUACAGAAAAAUGUGGUUGUGUAUUGGCGAAAUCUAAUUUUGUCUCUUACUUGAAUAGUAAACCUAUGCCAGUAUAUGUAAAUGAGUAUAUAUUAAAACUAAAUUACUAUUUGAAAUAAUAUUAAAUGACUGUGAACUGAUAUCAAAUAAUUGACCCGCCUCUUAAUUU